AUAAGUAAGACUCAAUAAUGAAAUGAAAAAACUGAAAAUAAAAUUUAUUUUGAAUAUUUUUUUAAUAUAAAAUAUAUUAAUAUAAAUCACAUGAAUAUACAUAAUUAAAAAUGAAAAAUUUAAAAAUUAAGUUCCGUAUAACUAAAAAAUAGUUUUUUUUUUAUUUUUGUUUUAAAAUAAUAAUUAAAAAUGUAAAAUAACAAAUUUAAAAUUAAUUAAUAUUAAAAAGAACCAUACAAGUACAGAAAUGAAUACUAAUAAUGUUAAUUAUAUAAUUAAAGUUUUCAAUAAAAUUUUAUUUUGAAAGGAGAACAAAAUAUAAAAACAUAAAGAAAAACAAAAUUUUACAAUUUAUUAAAAAUGGGAUAAUGGCAGAAAUUAAUACAAAAUUAAAUCAACAAAGGACUAUUAAAAAUGAGAAGUCAACUAAUUUUGAGGAUCUUAUUAUUAACAUAAUUAAGACUCAACAGUGCGCCAUAGAAUAUCAAAGUAGCGUUCCAUCUAUUUGGCAUCGGUUGCUGCCAUAUCUUAAAGUCAUUGAAGAAAUGGAGAAACAACAGCAGCAACAAAAUAAUCAAGAACAAAAUCAAUACCACCUAUAUAAAGAGCAAAAAUUAUCAAUAAAAUCUUUAUCAAAAUCAUCAUCAACAACACCACCAUCAUCAGCUAUAUCAUUAGAAAAUAAAUAUGAAGGAAAUGAAAAUAAAAAUAAUAUUACUUUUGAAAAUCAACAGGAGGUGUUGUUGUCAUCAUAUCUGUCAUCAUUAGAAUCCUUUCAAUAUGAAAUAUUGUUAUCAUCAAUAUCAAUAUCAUCAUUAUUAAUACCAACAACAACAGUAACACAAACAACAGAAACAUUAAUAGUAUCGAUAUCAUCAUUAGGACUAUCAUCAUUAUCAUCAUCACCGGUAUCAUCAAUGUUAUCAAAAAAGAUAUUAAAAAAUUCAAUGACAGAAAUAAUCAUAAAAACAAUAAAAUAUCAAAAUAAUUUCCAUAUUAAUGACAUUCAAAUGACAACAGAUGUAGUAAAUAUUAUAAAUUUUGACAUUUAUAUAAAUAAUAAUGGAAUUGUCACUAUUUUACUUAAAUUUAUUUUUAAAAGUGAUGAUAUUCUAUAUGAAAAGAAAUUUGAUGUCAGUGACUGUAAAUUAUUAAAUUUUAGUAAAAAUCAUUUAAAUAAUUCUAAUUUUAAUAAUAGUAAUAAUAAUAAUAGCAGUUAUAUAAAUAAUUAUAAUAACAAUGAUGAUGAUAUCAAUUUUUGCUCCCCUUUUAAAUAUAAUAACAAUAAAAUAGUAAAAACAAGAACAAUUAUUAUAAAUGUAUCUUCGAUAAUUAAAAAAGCUGAUGUAAAUGCUGUUGCUUUAAUUAAAAAUUACAAUAAUAAUAAUAAUGAUAAUGUGACAACGAAUGACAAAAAUUUGAAUUCUGCAAUGCAGAUAACUAUUAUAAAAAGUGCAUUAAAUGCAGAUAAAAAUAAUAAUAUUAAUACGAUUAAAUCGAUACAAACUAUAACUAAUAUGAUAACUGAUGAUAUUAAUAUUAAUAAUAAUAAUGAUGAUUACAACAAAAGAAACUAUAGUAAUUAUAAUAAAAAUGAACAUGUUAUAUUUCCUGUAAAUUUUAGUUUAUUUAAUUCUCCUAAAUAUAAUAAUAUUAGUAGUAAUAUAAAUAAUUUAGCUAUGAAAAAUAAUAUUAAUAUAAAGAAAAAUAUUAUUAAUAAUAAAUUAAAAAACUAUAUUAUAACUAUAAAUAAUAAGAAUAUUAAAAAGGGAAAUCCUAACAAAAAUACAACGAUAUUGCCAACACGACUGAAAUUAAAUAGUAAUAUUAAUAAAUAUAAUUACGAAAAUAUUAAUGAAAUUAAUGAAUGUAUAAAUAUUAAUAAUAUUAAAAAUAAUUAUAAAUUAAUAAAUAUUAAUAAUUUGAAAUUUGGCUGGUGUUGUUGGCAUAAUUUAAAUUUUAUUUUUUCAAUAUUUUUAAUUAUAUUAAUUGGAUUAUCAUCUAAAUGUUUAGCAGCUAAACAGGAUGUUGGAAAAGAAUGUACAUUUCCACCACUCUGGGAGGGUUCAUGGUUUCUAUCAGGUUAUCAACAAUCAGUACAUAUAAAAGGUUCACAAUUUAGUUAUCGUGGUAAAUGUAAAGCAGCCGAGGGUAACAAAUAUUUAAUAGUAGACGAAAAGGGAUGUCAUCGGUGCCUGGUCAUAUAUGAGAAACAUAAAAAUGUCCUACAAUAUAAAGAAAGUGAGUGUGAAGGUGAUACAAUGUAUAUGAUGGAUCAAUCGAUAAAUCCGGCUGCAAUGCCAAUGCGAACAAUUGUUAAAAGCAGUGACAAUUCACAUAGUAGUCAUUUAUUAAAUAUUAGGGGCAGGGAAGCUCAUCCCAAUUCUAACGGGCAUUCUCAAUUUACUUCAUCGGAUCGUUAUAUAAUGCGAUCCAAUGAUGAUAACAAUGAUUGUUUCUGUCGAGGACGUGAGAUUUUACAAAAUUUGUGUGAUCAAAUACCUGGUGAUGCUUUACUUUUUAGUUUAUUUCGUGAACAAGCUGAACCUGUUAAAUGCCCCUUAAGAGGACCAUUUACAUUUACAUAUAAUCGAGGACAUGGUGAAUGUAGGAAUCCUGUAUCGAAUAUUGAAAGUUGUACUGAUGAAAGUCGUUUAUUAUUAAAUUUUCAAGCAUGUCCAGAUGUUCAAGGAACAGAAAGUGCAGCUGAAGAAUUAACAUGUCUGGCAACAUGGAAAGAUGGAAAUUCACGUUAUUUAGUUGGAUUAGUGUCACAUCAUCAUGCCAUAUCGAACGAGGAGCGUUAUAGAUGUUUUGUAUACGAAAAAAUUUCAACAAUGAUGGGUGGAUUUAAUGGUGGAGUAAGCAAUGUGAAUUCAAAGGAUGCUGAAUACAAAUUGGCACAAUCUGGUGAUGCCACUUGCAAUGGUUUAGAUAGUGCUGAGGUUGGUUCGCGUAUAAUGACACUUAGAAAACCACCGUUAGCUGAACGUUGUGAUUUUCCAACAUGGUUUAAAGGACCUAGACAUUGGCAUGGUUUAAUGGGGAAGUCACAGUAUACCUAUCAUCAGGGCGAUGGUUCACUUAUUAUUAAAAGAAUAAAUAGUAAUUAUGAAACACGUGCAUUUUGUGAACAAAUUAAUAAACAAACUUCAACUGAAAUGAUGGCUGUUGUACAUCAUACAACUGGAUGUCAAUCUGGUUUUAUGUGUAUGAUGUUUUAUCGACGUGAUAUUCAUAUUGCUGAAAUACAAAUGGGUGCUCCAGCAAAUCGUUUGGAAGAUGCAUGUGCUCCAGAUCAUUUUGAUAUCACAAAAUUACCAUAUAUUACAUUAUUAUCUAAUGAGCCAACUGACCAUACAUGCCCAUUAGAAGGCUUAUAUAAAUUACAUGGUGCUAUUGGUCCACCGCAUAAAAUCUCUAGACAUAAACGUAAUCACAAUAAUAAAGGACAUAUCCAGCAUAAUCAUCAUCAUAUACAGCUAUUUCAACAACAGCAACUACAACAACAACAACAACAGCAGCAGCAAAAACAACUAUAUGAACGAGAACAUGAUUUUAUAUAUAAUCAUAAUAAACGUAAUGUUGAACAUGAAUUUUCAUCAGCAUCAUUAAUAUUACCAUCAUCAUCAUCCUUAUCAUCAACAUCAAUAUCUGCAAACGGUAUAGCAUCAUCGGUAGCAUCAAUAUCAAUGUCGUCGUUGUUAUCGUCAUCAUCAUCAUUGUUGCCGUCGACGGGAAUUAAAAGACAUGGUACAUUUAGUUUUCAAAAUUCCGACGAAACUACUCAACUACCAACCCUACCACUUGAACCACCAUUGGUAUUAGCUGUUGGAGAAGCUGAUAUUUUAUCAUCAUCGUUAUCGUCGUCAUCAUCAUCAUCGUCAGCAUCAUCAUUACCAUAUUAUAAGAAACAUUUUAAUGGAAAUAAUGAAAAUGGAAUAGAAAUAAAUGGAAAUUCCGGUACAAUUGUAAACUAUCGACAAUUACAUACAAAUAUUUUAAAUAAUGAACAACAGGAGCAACGACGACUACGACGGCGACGCCGUAAAAGAGAAACAAAAUUAUUUAAUAGAAUUGAUUUAAAUCAUGAGCAGGAAAAUUUUCAAAUAUUAAAAGAAAAUAAUAAUGAAAGAAUUGAAAUUUUAUCAAAUGGAAUAAUAUCAUCACCAUCAAUUGAUUUAACAACAACAAUAAUAUCAGAUUUAACUAAUAUUGCUCAAAUACCGAUCAAUGUAAAUACCGAUGAACUGUCAAUUUCAAAUACUAAUAAAAAUAACUAUAAUAAUAAUAAUAACAAUAAUGAUAAUAAUAAUAAUAGUAAUAAUGAUGAUAAUAAUGAUACAACUAUAACAAAUGCCAAUAGCAAUAAUCAUUAUAACAAAGAAAUUCAUUUCAAUAAGAAAUUAAUUAAAGAUUUUAUUGAAAUGAAAAAAUCAUUGAAAAUGUUAGAAACAUCUCGAAGGCAUGAAAUUGAAAACGAAAGUUUAUCAGAAUUAUCAAUAUCACCAUCAUCAACAAAAAUAAUAUCGUCAUCACAAAAAUUACCAUUAUCAUCAUCACCAUCAUCAACAAAUACCAAUAUAUCAUUAUCAAAUAGUAACAAUAAAGAUAAUAAAGAUAGUGGUAAUAAUAAUAACAAGAAAAAAUCUAAAAAUAAUAAUAAUAAUAAUAACAAUAGUAAUGAUAAUGAAUUAACAGUUAAAAUUAAUGCACAUCAAUCGAAAAUUGAAAUUUUAAAUCAACGAAGUCGUCGCGAUACACCCGGUUGUAUUGUCAAUUAUAAAGAGCAACGUUAUUUUACGAUUGGUUGUAACGAUGAUAAAAAUGUUAUUGAAGUUGAAACAAAACAACAGUGUGAUUUAGAAGGUGAUGAAGUAUACUAUUGUCAUGGACAUUGGAUUGAAAAUGGUACUGUGUACGUGAUAGCAAAAAAUUCAGCUACUUCACAUGCGGUCUGUAUCACUUAUCAACCACAAGAAGGGGCUGGUAACCUAGAAACGAAACUAAUGAUUGUUGGUGAUUCAUGUCUUAGGGGCCAAAUGAAACCACCAGAACACCAUUUGGUAGCAACUAUUAAAAAAGCUGGAAAAUGUGGUGAUCCUAGUUCAUCAACAAUUCAAUCAAUAAACUUAUUCUUAUUUAUAAUUGCUUUUGGAUCUACAAUAUUGUUCACUAAUAGAUGACAUACUUUAAUAUUGAAUACUAAUACUAAUUAACAACUAAUACUAUUACAUUUAUAGCCUAUAUAAAAUAAAAUACAUAGAUAUUUAUUAAUUUUUUUUUUCCAAUAAUAAUUUUUUCUUUUCGUAAAUUUACAAAUUUGUUUCUCAUUUUCAUUAUGUAAAAUUUAAUUUUGCAUUUUUUAUGAUAUAUUUUGAAAAAAUCCAAAAAAACUAAACAAGAAAAAUUAAAAAAUCAAGAAAAAAAUACAAAAAAAAAGGAAAAUUAAAAUUAUUAUUCAACAUUUUGCAUAACUACUACAUACACAAAAAUAUUAUUGACUUUUUUAUUUUAUUAUUUCUUAUGAUUUGAAAAAUAAAAUAAAAAGCAAAAAAAUUUUUCUUGAAAAUAUUAAAAAAAAAAGAAAAACGAAACAAACACAAAAAAUCUUAAAAAUUAAAAACUUGAAACAAAAGGAAAGGAAAUCUGAAAAAAAACUUAGAAAAGAAAAUUAAAUAGAUAGAAAUCAAUAAAGCAAGUAUUUUACACAGAAAAAAAAAAAACAAAAAAUUAAAAAAAAAUGUAAAAAUAUGAAAUAAAAAGUGAAUAUACAUGUACAUAUGUAUGUAUAUGUGUAUACACUUGUAUGUGUAAAAUAAAACAAAUUAUAUAAUAUAUAUAUAUAUACAUAUACAUAUAUAUACAUUCAUACAUUGAGGUGAUAUUAGUUUAUUUUUCUAUUAAUAAUAAGAGUGAUAUAAACAAAAAAAAAACAAGAAAAGAAACAAACAAACAAAAUAUACUAAAACAAAAAAAAACAUUCAAAAAUAAAUUGAAAAAAAAAAUUGAAAGAGCAACAAACCUUGUAUAACCUGUACAGUGAGCAGAACUUAACACAAAAUAAAAAUUUAAAUAAAAACAAAAUUUUUAUUUCAAUAUUUUUGAUUAAAAUUAUUAAAACAAAACUUGUAACUAUUGCAUUAAAAUAACAGUUAAAUAACAGCAAAAGGUUAAGACAAUUUGGGAUUAAACCAACGAACAUUAUCUUCAUUCCACGUAGAUUUUGAAGAAAAAAGUUGUAAGUUCGAAUUUUCGACAUUAAAAUCAAUAAAAGAAAUUCUUUCUUUAAUGUUGUGUAACCUACUAGUGUCAAAAAACCUACGUAUUUGGUAUACAUUUCGAUAAAAAACAUAUUGAAUAACUCAGUUUUGUACUUAGUGAAAAUUUUUGUAAUAAACAUAGUCAUAAAUUUUGUGCAUGCACCUUUUUUUGUCAAAUCUUGCAAAAUAAUUUAAAAUAAUGACUGAUUUUCUAACACUAUAUCAAUUUUAAAUGUGGUACCUUUAAAAAAAAAACUAAUUAUGAAAGCAGAAUUUUUAAUAUUUUAAUUUAC